GGCUUUUUGUUGAAGCGCACUUUUCCCGCCUUUUUUCUUCCCGACCGAAAACGCCAUGUAGUUUUUUUUUUUUUCUCUCAACACUCAUGGCGGUGCAGGGCUAAGGUCGGUACUCGUUGCAGUAGCGCGGUCGCGAGAGUACGUUUGUUUGGCCUUUUUUUUUCCCAUUUUAGGCCAUUUUCUAUUCUUUUUAGGGGUGUCCCUUUGUGAUUUUGUCCGCGCCAUUUUUGGCACAAAAGACUCUGUUUUCUUUCGUCGCGAGGAGUAGCUGGGGAUUUUGGUACUGUGUUUCGGCUGGGCUUUGGGUUUUGCUUUUAUUUUUGCUUUUGGGCGUUUCUUGGGCAAGCCUGUCCGUCAUCUGAGACGCUCAGAUGCCGGGCAGCACUACUGGCGAUGCCUCCCCCCCGGGGGAGGAGGUAACUGAGAAGGGCAACGGGGAUUCUCGUCCGACCCAAGAGACGCUCGCCGCGCAGGCGAAAGACAUGAAAUUCAAACUUAACCCGAACGCCGCAACUCUGGUAGACAUGCACCAUGACAUAAGUGAGGCAAUCCCAGCGGUGGGCACUAAAACCAGUAAGACCCACGUGGCCAACCUGCACGGUGCAUACGAUCGUCUGUUUGGUUUUGCGCUGGAUCUAAUUAACCAAAACACGGCACUGGCUGCCAAAAUGGAAGCGUACAAGGAAGAGAGGGAGAGGGCCCCAGCCCCCGCAGCCCCCUCCCCCACGCCGGAGAGUGUUGCCGCCCUGCACCGCACCUUCUCGCAGGUUCUCCAGCAGAACCUGGCGACUUCGAGCCCGAGCCCCGCCGGCCAGCAGCAGGGGGGGGCAUUGCCCGAGGUCCCCAAGCCAACAACACCACCCUCAGCCCCCAGGGAGAGCCUUUUGAUCUACCCGGCAACCAAGCCAGCAGCUGGGGUGGAACCAUACGCAGGGAUCUCCCACCUGCUGCGUACUACCUUCAAGCCCGCGGAGCUCGGACUCGGCAGCGUCGAGAUCAAGCAAGUGCGAGCACCCUCGCGAUCCCCACCCGAAGACCGACAGCAACCCCGAUUCGACCAUAAAAUUGUUUAUUCCUUAAGAAGCCUGUAAUCAAGAACCAACUACCGCCGACCAUCAUCAAGCAAGCCGUCCAGAUCCAUAAUUCGACCAUAGAACUGUUUAAAACAUCAAGCAUCAUGUAAAAAGAACUUUCAACAACCAUCGUCAACUAGCCCGAAACGCCAAUCAAGAGAAGUCAUCAGAGAAGAACUGGGGGGAGGGAGAUAAAUUUUAGUAAUUGUUUAGUCCAGGAAGUAGCAUGUAAAAGGGGGAGGGAUUUUAGAAAAGGCUUUCAUUAGUGUGUACAUUGAUAUGUAUAUAUAUUUUUCUUUAUAUCUUUCACAUA